GUUGAACUGGGGGGGGGGGUGGGGGUUCCGGCCACCGGGAUGCAGUGGUGCCAUCCCCGGGAAUGCAAGCUUUCUUCUGGCUUGGGAAAUUGCUGCCGCAGCCUUCAGGGGGGGACUCUUAAGGGCCGAUCCUAAUCGUUGCUUUUCCACUUUUAGCUUGACCAAGCAGCAAAGUCUGGAUCCGAUAGAAACACAAACCGGAAAUCAGUACCAGUGCAGUAAGGCACAAUGGAGACGCUCGACUGCGCGGUUGUCGGCGCUGGAUGGUACGGCUUGGCUGCCGCAAAGCAGUAUCACUGCACACAUCCAGAGGCAUCCCUGGCUGUGUUCGAGUCUCAAGCGUCGCUGGGCGGCACAUGGGCCGACCAUCGCAUGUACCCGGAUUUGAAGAGCAACAACCUCCUUGGGACAUAUGAGUACCCCGACUUUCCCAUGGACACCGCCUCGUUCGGGGUCAAGACCGACGAACACAUUCCCGGCACGGUUAUCAAUACCUAUCUCAAGGAGUAUGCGGCCAAGUUCGGGAUCGCAGACUUGGUCCGCCUCCAGACCAAGGUCCUCGUGGCGGAGCACCAGGACACGGCCGAGGGCGGCUGGAUCUUGACCAUCGCGGACUCGGAGCAACGCGAGACCAAGCUCUUUGCGCGCCGCCUCGUCAUUGCCACGGGGCUGACUUCGGAGGCCUUCAUGCCGCACUUUGACGGCCAAGAGUCCUUCGGCGGGAGCAUAUUCCACAGCAAGCACUUUAUGCAGCACGCCGACACUUUGCAGACAGCAAAGUCUGUGACUGUGUUUGGAGCCACAAAGUCCGCCUGGGAUGCCGUUUACUCGUACGCCACGGCUGGUGUGAAGGUGAACUGGGUUAUCCGGUCAUCUGGACAUGGCCCUUGUUGGAUGGCACCGCCAUACGUGACGCCUCUCAAAAAGUGGAUUGAGAAGCUCGCGAAUAUACGUUUCUUGACGUGGUUUAGCCCCUGCGUGUGGGGUGAGGUCGAUGGCUACGUCGGCACCCGCAAUUUCCUCCACGGCACCGCAGUCGGGCGGGCCAUGGUCAACGCCUUCUGGAACAUCCUGGGUGGAGACGUCAUGACCCUCAACGCGUACGACAAGCACCCGGAGACGGCCAAACUCAAGCCGUGGAUUCCGGCCAUGUUCACAGGAACCAGCUUCAGCAUCCUCAACUACGACACCGACUUUUUUGAGCUCGCCAAGGGCGACAAGGUCGCCAUCCACGUGGGCGAGAUUGACCACCUCAGCCCGGGCAAGGUCCACCUCGCCGACGGCACCGAGUUCGAGUCAGACGCCCUCCUUGCUAACACGGGCUGGAAGCACGUCCCGCCCAUGAAAUUCCUCCCCGAGGGAAUCGACAAGGAGCUCGGCCUCCCGCACACGCCAACCUCGGAAAGCGGCAGCGCCCCCCCGGACGAAGACCUCGCCAACCAGCAGGAUCUCAUCGACCAAGCCGACAAGGAGAUCUUCUCCCGCUUCCCGCGUCUCAAGGACCAACCCGUAUGGAACAAGCACUACGUACCCCUAACCGACCAAAAGGGCAUCGACAGCACCGACGCCGUCACCCCCUGCACCCCCCUGACCCCCUUUAUGCUCCACCACUUCCUCGUCCCGCCCUCGGAGCGCCUCCUCCGCGCCCGCGACAUCGCCUUCGUCGGCAUGGUGUCUAACUUCAGCAACGUCCUGACCGCCCAUCUGCAAGGCCUCUGGGUCGCCGCCUACUUCUCGGGUCGCCUCGCCGUCGACCCUGCCGCCGCUGUCGGCGACGACGAGGCUAUGCGGAAGCUGAGGUACGAGACGGUGCUGCACAAUCGGUUCGGCAGGUGGAGGUACCCCAUCGACUGGGCUAGCAAGUGCCCGAGCUUCAUAUUCGACGCCGUGCCGUAUCUUGAUCUGCUGCUGCGGGAUCUCGGGCUGGAGGUGCAUCGGAAGGGGGGGUUCGUGGCGGAGAUGUGGUAUCCGUAUGGCCCGGAGGAUUAUCGCGGCAUUAAUGAUGAGUGGCUGGCCAAGUAUGGUGGUGACAAGCCUGCCCCCUGAAUUACUGAUGUUGCUGCUGUUAUGCGUUAUCCUUGAUGGGAUUUAUUUAGGGAGCCGAGCGUCUCAUGGCAAAGGAGGAGGGGGUGGUUGUCGCUUGCAUUGAGUCGAAUACCCUGCUCUGCGAAGCUGUGCAGCGUGUCGGCGUGCCGUUUUCCUCUGAUAUUUUGUAUUUUUCUUGCGAUGCGUAAUCAAUGUACUCGUCUAGGUAUCAGCCCCGACUUGUUCAUGGGACCCUGAUAUUGACUUUUGGGAGAGAAAAAAAAAUGGGAACCGCCAAUUGCGAACAUUUGGUCUCACAACUCAUACGGCAGCACAUUCAAGCACGAGG